CUGCUGCCGACUGCGGCGACUACCAGCUACUGCUUCUGCUGCGAUUGCUGCCCACGUCCUGCACCUGCGCUGUUGACCUUUUGCAUCGAUCUAAGAGUCCAAUGGAAACGGGGAAAAACAAAGAAGUGGCUAGCAAUGCAAAGGCAGUACUGGCGCAUAUCGCACGUGAUGAUCCGCCAGUUGGAAAGAUAGAGAUUGAACAAACAAGUUGUGAGCUAGUUGUGGACGAGAGCAAGAUUGAAGGCACAGCAUUACAUCAUGCCACGUGUAGCACAGGACACUGUGUUGCAAUCUCAAAACCAAUUGAGGAAGCAAAGAUAAUAUACCGCAUUCUGUGCAGAUGUAACCACCCCAACUUGCUGAAACCCAUAGGUGUAUGGAAGAAUCCUAAGGACAGCACUAGUGCUUACCUGGUACUUGAGAAAGUUGAGGCAUCCCUCAUCUCUAAAGGGAGAGAAUUCAUGUUCUCAAUCGAGGACUCCUUCAUAUUUGGUUUUUCAAACAUUGGUUUCAAAAUUUUUAGGGCAAUAUGCGAUGUGGUAAAUUAUAUAAAUGGACUUUACAUGAACAGUGAUGUUGGGACUAGCAGUGUUGCUGGAGCUAUUCCAUUGAUGUCUGUGAAACUUAGUUCCUCUAUGAUCUUUUAUAAGCUUACAGUAGAAGGGGAGGUUGAAGUUGUGGUGGCUGAUUUCUCUCUAAGACAUCCACAAGAUCUUGUAAAGAAAACAAGGAAAGGUCGCCCCAAAGAGGUAACAAUUGGAGAUGUCCAACGGUUUAACUGGAGAGGAGUAGGACUGUAUCUCAAAAAAUUAUAUGGAGAUGAAAAAAAUGUCAAUGAGGAGUUGAAAGAUUUAGCUGCCUUUUUGGAAACAGGGCCAAAACCAGAAGAAGGGCAAGUAACAUAUGAUGAAAUACUUUGGCAUCCAGGAGUAUGGGAAUCAAUUAUAAAAAUUAAUUUCAUUAGAGAAAUUUUUUGGCUGAUAGACAAAGAUCGAGACAGGUUGAAAACAAAGAAAUUUAUAGAAACAGAGAAGGGGAAAGCACUGAGUAAAAUAAAAUGUACACUUGGAAUUGCAGCUGGUUUGAAAAUGUUUGCAGGCAAGGAACUUAAGGAAAAUAACUUGCUAGAUUCUUUGAUACAUCUGAGAACAUACAUUGCAGCACACUCAGAUGACAGUUAUAACACCUACAUGGGUGAAAAGGAUAAACUUGAAUGUAGCAAGUUCAACUGUGAGAGACUACUUCAAAAAGAAAAAGGAGAUUACAUGAUAAAAUUAAGAAAAGAAAUUAGAAGUUUAGAGUGGAUAACUGAAUCUCCAGUGCUAAGAGACAAGAAUGACUACAUGGCAAUGUUUUAUGAGAUGAAAAGGAAGGAAAUGGGCAAUUAGAGAUGAAUCCAGAAGUAGGAGGGAAGAGAAAGAAAGCCUCAGAAUUAAAAAGACUACUAGAAUCAGUUUUAAGUUCUGUUGUUGUCCAGUAGUUGGUAGAUGUUAUAUGCUUGAAUAGUGAAUUUGGCAUUGGAACCAUAGAUAUCUUGCUUAUCUGUUUUGGUUAUGUAACUUAGGCCUAUCUAGUGUUGCUGUCAUUUAACUGGAUGUUAAGCUCAUUGCUGGAUGAUGGAAUGACAUCCAUCAUAACCUGACAAUGUCGCCUGGAAGUAUAGGCUUGUUAGGUUAAUGUCGUUUCAGUCUAAAAUUACUUGAUGUUACUUUUGCGUUUCUAGUAAUGUAACUUGUCCUAGAAAAAAAAAACAUGAUGACAGGAAGCAUUGGAGCUUUGGAGGACAUAUUUUCGACAAUCUGCAAGGCUGCAACCAUAUCUAAACACCAUAAGACAAUAAGAGAGCAUCAGCUGGGGCCAGACCCCAAUGCUAGCUGUCCCAGUCACUCAACAUCUGUGUCAUCAGCAUUACCAUAUGAAACUAGUGUCUGGGGCGCCCUUUUGCGCGCCGCCUGAAGAUAACUUAAUUGCACCGCACUGUACAUUGGAAAAGAUAAAAUUGUUAUGAUUUGCACCAUUCAUGAAUCUUAUAUAUAU